GAAAUGUGUCCGCAACCACCACCAUCGUGUAGAACAGAACAGAACAGGACGGACCGACAGUUGCUCCAUUUCCUCCCAUGGCCAAGUUCUCCUUCGACGACGCCGACGAAGACCCUCCGGCUGCCGCCGCUGCCGGUGCCGGGGGCGACAAGAGGAAACGUGAAGGAAGCGCUGCUGCCGACGGCGCGGACGGCGGAGGACCACCCCCGACCUCCAAGGCCCGGAAUUCCGCGGUCGUGGGCGGCGAGCGCGAUGGGCGGGCGGUGGUCGGGGCCAGCUGCUGCGAGCGGAGGGUGGACGGAGACGGAGAACCCGGAACCGGAGGGAUCAGCAUGCGGAUCGACACGGACUUGCUCGACUGCUCCAUCUGCUUCGAGCCCCUCUCUCCUCCCCUCUACCAGUGCCAAAAUGGCCACGUAGCAUGCUUUUCCUGCUGGUCCAGGCUCAGCAAUAAGUGUCAUGUUUGUUCUCAUGAUGCCAUCUUUGCACGAAACAUUGCAUUGGAGAAGAUUGUCGAGUCAAUCAAGUCCUCCUGCGCAUAUGCCAAGUGGGGUUGUUCCAAGUUGGUUAGCUAUGCACAAAGAAGUGUGCACGAAGAAGCUUGCCUCUUUGCUCCUUCGACGUGCCCUAUUCCUGGGUGUGGAUAUAGAGGCUUCACAGGAUGUUGGUCAGGACAUUUCCUUGUUGACCAUAGUGCUGACUGCUUGCAUUUCACCUAUGGCCAGUCGUUUGAAGUAAAUUUGGCGGUGUCCCUUCCUUUCCUAGUUCUUCUUGGAGAGGACGAUCACCUCUUCCUCCUCCUAAACAAGAACAUGAUGCCCUUUGGGCAUGCAUUCACAGUGGUUUGCCUCAGGAAUGGCAAUCUGAAUUGGAAUUUCUCGUACGAAAUCGAAGCAGCUAGCAGGGGAAACCCUGGAAACUGCCUGAGACUGAAGGCCUCUGUUACGAAUACGAAGGAGUGGGGAGGUCUGCACCCUGCAGAAGCGUUUCUUUUGGUUCCAUACGCCUUCUGCAGUUCAGCUAACCAAACACUCAGUGUCUCCGUUGCGAGGUCUGCUUCUGUAUGAUGUGAAUAUGACAUGUGCCCUUCUCUGUGCUCUCAAAUGUAACAACUGUGUAGCAGUGCAUAUUUAACUUGUAAAUUAGUUCAGCAUGUACAUGUAUAUUGUGUAAAUCAUCUUCAUUUUCAUUUUUUGUAUCUGCAACGAGCCUGAUACUGUACAGUUCAUUUUGCAUCUGCGAGGAUCAGAAUCGUUUAGAUAUUUCACA